AUGGCUAUAUGGAUUAGAGUCCCUGGGUUGCCGAUUGAGUUUUAUACAGCUCAUUAUUUGUGGAAGGUUGGGAACUUAUUUGGUCGGACUCUUAAAGUUGAUAGGAAUUCUCUGAGGAAAAAUGAGCUAGGGGAUGCAGUUAUCACAGAGAGAGCAAAAUUCACCAGGAUUUGUGUUGAAGUGGAUCUCAAGAAGAGUCUGCUAUCGAAGUUCAAAAUUGGGAACAAGAUAUAUCAGGUGGGAUAUGAAGGAAUUCACUUAAUUUGCUUUAAGUGUGGUGUUUAUGGGCACAGGAAGGAUCAGUGUGGGGAUAAUUGUUCCCAGAAAAAGAGGAAUCAGAUGGAGGAGGAGUCUAAUGGGCAGAAUAAUAUGGAGGAGAAAUCUGGUGGAAGUGCUAAGGAGAAUUGCAAGGAAGAGGAAGCUUUUGGGAGUUGGAUGGUGGUUCAAAGACCUAACAGGGGAGGGAAACCUAGACCUGUCCUAUUGAGUAGGGCUAAGGAGAAGGAGGAAGGUCCUAUGGUUGUUCUGACUAAAUCUGGGGAAGAGAGGGUGGUAACCAGCAUGGAAGAGGGUGAAGGGAGUUAUGAUAAUCAGACAGAGCCUAUUAUUAAGGAGGCUCAGAUUAAAGUGGAAGGUCCGAAUAAGACUGAGGAUACUAAGAAGGCUGAGACAAAAGUUAGUGGUUCAGAGGAGAAGGGUGGUAGUAGUGGAGCUUAUUGUCCUAAAAACAUUCCAAAGAAUGUUAGGAUAGAUAAUAGUUCCCAGAAGAAAGGUAUCCUAAAAGAGAGCAGAAGUAGAGGUGGGCGUAGUGGCAGUAAGAUAGGCAAAGAAAGUUCAUUUGACUCAAGGAAGGGUGAUGUGGAAAACUUACCUCUGAAUGCUGCUUUAGGGGGAGCUGAUCCAGGGAAGAAACAGAGAGGCAAAGUCAAGGCUAUGCCAUCUGGAGGGCAUGGUAGCUCAGGCGAGGAGAUGGUAGCUCAGGUAAAAAUCAAAGGUAAAGGGGUUGAGGCCCCUGUUUUGUUGAAUUCUUUUGCUCCUAUUCAGGAGGAUUUGGUUCUGGAAGAACAAGUAUCACCCUUGGAGGGUGUUAAGACUAUGAUUAGUCUUUAA